GCCCACACAGUGUAACUUUAAAUGAGAACAGUUCAGUAAUUAAAUGGGUCACAUCAUUUGAAAUCCUCUCCCUGUAAAAUUAAAAGGGCAGUUAUAUUUAUAAGGGAACUUAUCAGGGAACUACUAAGUGCUUUUGACUUUGAAAGGGACAAAAAAGGACAAUGUUGAAAGCAAAAAAAGGCUAGCCUGUCUGUGAGCCUUUAACUGUUAGCUAUAGGUUGCUAACUUUGAAACUGGUAUCUGUUCUAGAUAAAUUUAUUGGAUUUUCCUUGCAGAUCCAGCAUGAUGAGUGGAAAGAGCGUGGACUUUGGAAUCUGAUUCAACUUGGGUUGGAUCUCCAGGUCUAGCUGUUAACCAGCUUUUUCACUUUAUGCAAACUGUUAAACUCUGUAAACCUUUUGUGACAUCACCUUUAACAUAAGGAUAAUAUCUGCCCCCUGGGAAUGUUGUGAGGAUCGAACACGAUAACGAAUACAUUUGAAGUGGCACAUACUCUGAAAAGGACAUGGAUGAAAAUGAAAGCAACCAAUCUCUGAUGACAAGCAGCCAGUAUCCUAAAGAAGCAGUAAGAAAACGCCAAAAUUCAGCACGGAGCUCUGUAGGAAGUGAUUCUUCUAGGUUUUCCAGGAAAAGUUUCAAAUUGGAUUACAGACUAGAAGAAGAUGUAACUAAAUCAAAGAAAGGAAAGGAUGGCAGAUUUGUCAACCCUUGGCCAACUUGGAAAAAUCUCUCUGUUCCAAAUGUUCUUAGAUGGCUGAUAAUGGAGAAAGAUCACAGCAGUGUUCCGUGUUCCAAAGAGGAACUUGAUAAAGAGCUUCCAGUGCUGAGGCCGUAUUUUAUCGAUGACCCCGAAGAAGCUGGGGUGCGGGAAGCUGGCCUCAGAGUCACAUGGCUGGGACAUGCGACAGUCAUGGUGGAAAUGGACGAGCUCAUAUUUCUCACAGACCCCGUCUUUAGCUCCCGUGCAUCACCAUCGCAGCACAUGGGUCCAAAGCGGUUCCGUCGUCCCCCAUGCACCAUAGGUGAACUCCCCCCGAUAGAUGCUGUCCUUAUCAGUCACAACCACUAUGACCACCUGGACUACAAUUCUGUCAUCGCUCUGAAUGAACGAUUUGGUCAGGAGUUGCGAUGGUUUGUGCCUUUGGGUCUCCUCGACUGGAUGCAGAAGUGCGGCUGUGAGAAUGUGAUCGAGCUGGACUGGUGGGAGGAGAAUUGUGUCCCUGGACACGAUAAGGUCACCUUUGUCUUUACGCCUUCCCAGCACUGGUGCAAAAGGACUCUCGUGGAUGACAACAAGGUUCUGUGGGGCAGCUGGUCUGUCUUGGGGCCUUGGAGCCGAUUUUUUUUUGCAGGAGACACUGGCUAUUGCCCUGCCUUUGAAGAGAUAGGAAAAAGGUUUGGACCUUUUGACCUUGCAGCUAUUCCCAUCGGAGCGUAUGAACCAAGGUGGUUUAUGAAAUACCAGCAUAUAGACCCAGAAGAAGCUGUAAGGAUUCACAUCGAUGUUCAGACAAAGAAAUCUGUGGCAAUUCACUGGGGAACUUUUGCCUUAGCAAAUGAGCAUUACUUAGAGCCCCCAGUGAAACUGAGUGAGGCUCUAGGAAGAUACGGACUUAAGACUGAAGAUUUUUUUGUCUUGAAGCAUGGAGAAUCCAGAUACCUCCAUACUGACGAUGAAAACUCUGAAUGAAUGUGAGCACGUGAGCUUUUAGUGAAAAAGGUAUCCUCUAAGCUUCUAGGAAAGACUAAGAAAUUCAUGAAUAUUAGGAUGUUUUACAUUUGGAAACCACUUCUGUAAGUUUGUGUUGUAUGUUUUGUGUGAUGGCUUGCUUGCUACUCCAAAUGCCAGUUCAUAUAAAGAAGAGUUCAGAGGUGGGUCAUUUAAAUACUGAAUUGGCAGAGGGGAAUUUGAAUCCUGUCUCAAUGGUAGAAGCAUUGAAAUGGAAUUUUUUUUAAAGGAUUAUGCUUUAGUGGUAGAAUUUGGAAGUUAGGAAAACUGAUUUUAAAGUCUUCUUUCUGUUCUUCUGGUGAAGGGCCUUCUACAGGUUAAGUCUAUCUACCUAGAUGGUUUGAGGCUGCACAUCUAAACUUCUAAUUCACAUUAGAGUAAGUGAUGGAAUGGACACCUACCUGCUUACAGCAUUUCUUGUUGUUCUGUCCACAUUAGCUUAUAUGCCAAAUGUUGAAUGAUUUAUUUUUUUAAGUAUAAAACCACAGGAGAUUGGGCUAAGUUACCAUUUUUAAAGACAUCAUUGUUUCAAAGAGGAAUAAUAUAUUCUGUUGCACAUCCCCAGUCCCCAAAUCAGAAGCUGCCUGAGUUGGGCAGAGGAAGGGAGAGAGUGGUUAUGAGGACAUGAUUGAUGACAUUUUCUAUUUUUAAUCUACAAGUCAGACCUGCUGAGCACAAAGAUCACUGCAAGGAAAUAGUAUUUUACAAAGAUAAAUGCAGAUCUUAAAAUGUUAACAAUUCCUUCUAUAUUCUCUUUUCUCUCCACCUACUCAUCCCCCCCCCCCCCCGUUUCUUAGCUCCAACCCUCGAUGUAUCAAUAAGAUUUAUAAAUAAUUUAUGUUUUACAUGAUUCAGAGGUCUUAUAUUUUUAUAUUAAAUGACCCAUACGCACAAUUCUGCUUUUACUAAGCUAGCACGGAAUACUAGCAGUUUAAAAGUAGUUCUGGAAAUUAGGUGACCUGAGUUUAGUCCCGUAAGGGCCCUGGGAUUGCUUGAUUGCUCUGAACAUUCCUCAGAGCCAAUGAGGUACAUUAGAGGCCCAUCCCAUCUUCUUGCUCCCCAGUCUCAGUGAAAUAAAUUUCAUUCGCAGAAUAAUCAAAGUAGGUUUUUUACAGCAUAUGCUACACGGGCACUAUUCUGUUUAUUUUCACAUACACAUCUAUGCACGCCACCUGUUAGCCACUUAAUUGGAAUUUUAAUCCUGCUUCCACCACGGUUUUCUGUGUAUCCUGCCACAAGUCACCUACACUCACUGUGCCUCAGUUUCCUCAUGUGCAACAAGAGGAUAAUUUUGACCUACCUCCAAAAAAAUGUGAAUAGUGAUUUUUUAAAAAGCACUUUGAAAAUAUAAGGGAGAAAAUUAUUUCUUAAGACCUCACUGCCUACUAGAGAUCUGAAAGCUAAAACUAGGCUCAUGCUUUUGGUCGCGUAUCGUUCCCAUUGCAGAUUCAAGCAUCUGUACCUAGGACAUGAAACACUGAGGAUUAACAACUUCAGCUCAUUUUGUAAAUUUGGGGAGUAAUAGCCAAAAUAAAUGUAAAUGAUCUUCAUCAAAAUUUAGCAUUUUUUAUCUUACAAAGAUGCAAAUCUGUCAGGGGGAAAUGUGUAUAUAAUGUGUGUGAAUGUAUGUGAUUUGGAGGCACUAAAGCACAAAAAAUUUCCCCGUAAGAUAACCUUCAGGAAAACAAAAACUGAACCACCAUAAACCUUUCACUCCGAAGGAACAUUCUAGCAAGCAGAUGGGAAUGGAGAAGUUAGGUUGAUGGUGGAUUAGCUUUGGGGCCUGGUGCCCUGACACUGGCUGUGUUCACGCAGUCGCCCUCCUUCUGUUGCACGCUGCAUUCAACGCGCAUCUCUUGCCUCUGCUCUCUGAAGCAGACCAAGCUCAUCUUAAUUUGCUCCAUGAAUGGCCUUAACAUCAUUUCUGUAUUCAUGUGCACUGUGUAACCGCGGGGCUCUGAGCACUUUAAAUUAUGUUCUAGUUCCACUGAAUUAGGCCUGCCUCCUCACAAGCUUUAAUUUUUAUUACCAUUCACAUUCUUUCUGUGUUGACAUUUUGUUAAGUACAUCGAGCUUCAGGUCUCCUUGUACAGUCUCGUUCUAUUGAGUGAUUUCCAUUGUCUCACUUAGCUACAUUUGUACGUUUAUGUACAAAACAAAACCAAAUUUUGAAAAGCCAGAUGCACUCUUUAGCCUCUAUUCAUUCUAACCUCUGCGGUAAUACCUUUUACUCGAUCUUAUUUGAUCAGUUUUAUUUUGCUCUUUGAUUGGCACCCAUUCGAACAUGUGAGAUUUGAUUGAGGAUUCCUUCUCCUGGGGAACCCCUUGAUGUUCCUCCCUGCCUGGAGGGUGGGAUCACCCAGUGGGGGGCAAUCCUGAGAAAAGCCAAGAUAUGCCAUGAUCUGCACCAACCUAGAUCCGUUUGUGUAUUUUCACAUUUCAGACCUAAUGCUCUGAUCUCCAGGAAAUGGGAUGAUCUAGUCAAACUAAAAACAGAGGAAAGAAGAUGCGGGGUUUUAGAAUCGAGUGCUGCCAAAGCACAUUAAAGCCAAAUCCUAGUUUUUAUCAUGUGCACACUUUGAUUUUCACUAACGAAGGCAGAUUUUUAAAAAAUUCAUUAUAAAGAAAUGUGCCUUUCAGGGAAUUAGUACUUUUAUUCAUCAGUGAUGCAAACCUAAGUAGUGUUCUUAGCAUAUACACAUUACUGCUAUAGCCACCUGGGAACUUCCAUGUUUUCACCUUAAUACUGAAUCCUUUUUCUACUAUAAAAGUAAUUCUUCCAAGUUUGAUUUCUAUAUUGGGAUAAGCCUGAAAAUACACAUUUUUCUGUUUGAGGAUCUGUGACUUCCUAUGGAAAUCCACAUAUUUACGAAUGAACUUAAAGUACUCGUACGGCUUUGCCUUAACUACCUGGAGUAGGAAAACUUCUGCUUGCAUACUGGUUUACUUAAUACUAAGCAUGGUGAUGGUUAUGAACUUGAACAUUAUAAAACCUGGCUGAAUGGAAAUCUAUUAAUAAGUUGUUACAAUAGCUUAUGGAAUAAAAAUUUACAAUAUGUGAAAAUCUCUAAAAUAUGGAUGAAAAUAAAGUACUAUCAAGAGAAAA